AUGUUUUAUAUUCAAUUGAAUGAAUCGAUAAGGUCAGCACUCCAGAAUGCAAAGGAAGAAGACAUUGCGCAAAGCCAGCGCGACGAAAUUGACACUAUCCUAAGCGUUGGACACCUCUCGAUGGAUAAUCUAAUCGAUCAUUAUGAGUGGUAUUUGAAGGGCAAGAUACCACUGAAGACACUAAUUUCGCCUAUAGAAUUCAAAUUUAAAGCCAAACACGUCCCGGGAUCCCAGUACAGUCCCGAGUUCAAAAAGGAUUUGGAGAGAUUGGGUUUGCAACAGCGAGAGAACGAGUACCAGGAAUUGAUCAAAAAAAGCCGACUACGAGACAGCCCUUUCGGUUCUAGUGGGAAAAAUGAUGAUCCUACCCCGGCCCAAAUGGCGAAAGAAAUUCGCGAGCAAAUGACAACAGUUUUCAAUGUACUCGUGAGCGUGGUUUCUGUCGUGUUUGCUAUAUGGUACUGGUCAGGUAGCUCGACUAGAUUGCCACUUCAUUACAGAGUAAUACUUUGCCUGUUUUUCGGAAUUCUGGUUUUAGUUGCAGAGGUUGUUGUUUAUAAUAGCUAUCUGAGAAAGAUCAGCGAUGCAAAGUCGAAGGAAAGAUCCAAAAAAGAGAAGAAAAAAGUUGUAAAGCAAAUUAUCAUAUGA